AUGGCGACAGCCGCAGCAACCGCUGAAUGCAUCACAGACGACAUUCCCACCACACACGAAGAAGUGGGUUUUCUGUCAAAGUCACUACCAGCUAAGCGUCUCUUCGGGGCGGGGGACGAGAAGACGGCGAGGUUGCUGAACUCUGGGGAGGUAACCAUCCAGUCUGCUCUGGCGGGUCGAUGUAAAUCGACUGACCUCUCCAUCAGGGGCCUCGAUCAGGAGAGGAGCCAGCUGUUGAACUCACUUGAAUUAAAUUCGACUCAACUACAGAGAGGAGUGGAAGAGUGCCGACGCUACAAACAAUCAGCGCUGCCGAAGAAUCCGGACCCCAGCGUUCUGAAGCUAUACCAGGAUCUAAGAUUUUCGGUGAGAUCCUGCCAAAAUGUGCGCCGAAAGAACACCACGCGCGAGACCACAGGCUUGCUCAAGGCCUGGUUAAACGACCAUCGUAAGAAUCCCUACCCCAAUAAGAGUGAGAAAAUAAUCCUCGCGGUCAUCACCAAAAUGACGCUCACUCAGGUAUCCACAUGGUUCGCGAACGCCAGACGCAGACUGAAGAAGGAGAACAAGGCCCUCUCCAGUUGUCUGCCCUCCGAGGAGGCCGACAUGGAGGAAUCACUGCCAACUGACUGCGACAAGUACAGCCCCUUUCCACAGCUGUCUGCUGAUUGCCAAUCCUUCAGUCAGACAGGAUCUGCUAAGACGAAGAUUGAAGAGCCAACCCAGAAAGUUGAUCAUGCGUUGGACCUCGCCACGGUUGUCAUCCUAGACCUCCAUUCACAAUCUAGAAGCGUCUCCACCGCAAUUGUCUACCUUAAGCCUUCUUGA